GGGGUGGUCCUCAUUUGACUACAGGGAGGAAAAUGGUGGAGAGGAAAGUCAGACGGCUUCAGUAGACAGAGGGAUAGAAACCGUUUCAUCUCUGCCUCCAAACUCACUUUGUGUGAAAAUCAUCGUGGCAGAAGAAAAGCAACAGUGAUGGCUGAUGCAGAAAAGAUCAAGAAAACUGCAGCCAAGGCAUUGUGCUGCGUGGAAAAGGUGACUUCCUUUGCUUCCUCCUUCGACCCCAUCUUUGGCAUAGUCUCCUCUCUGGUUGCGGUGGCUCGUAAAGGCCUGGUUGAAGAUGAGGGCCAUGUUUUAGACAAGGACUUCCAGGCGAUCAACACCAAACUGGAGAGCAUCUCCCAAAAGAAUCACCAAUGCCUGAAGAAGAUCCGCAUUGACGAGGUGAAUGAAACCUAUGGCAAGUAUGAAGAGUACAUCAAGCACCAGUAUGCUGCCUUCAACAGCAUGGUGGCGCAUGUGAAGAAAGAUCCAGACAACACCAAAAACUACAUGGAGACCUUUGAGAAGAUUUAUGAGAAAGACAAAGGUGAACUAAGCCUGGAUGUGUACUACCGUGGUGUGAUGGGUACCAAUUUGCUGUUUGGAAGAACCUUGCUGAAGGUGUACUUGGAUAACUGCGAGGGUGACCGUGAAAUUAUGGAGCGCCGCUGUUCACACAUCGCUCACCUGUUCCACAUGGGCCUCAUCGCCCUCAUGGGCUACACAGCUGUUACAGAGGAUGACGAAGACGAAGUGCGAGAUAAGUGGGUCAAGAGGGUGGAGGACAUCCAAUGGAAGAUGCAAGAGGUGCUCAGUCAGUGCAAAGACAAGUCGUCCUAAACAUGGUGCAGCAGAGAGGAGGUCUUCUGGGUUUUUUGGCAACAACACUGGGAACAGCUCUCAGCUGUGGACCAAUGGAAAAAGAAAUGUCAUAAUAUAUAUAAAUAUAUACAUAUACAUAUCUAUAUAUGUAUAAAUAAAUAAAACCAAAGCAAUGUUUUCAUUUGUGCGCUUAGGCUGCACCUGAUAUACUAAGUGCAGAAUUUUAGUUGUUGUAUUGUAUUGCAGCAUUGUCUGUUAUUUUAUGUUUGAAAGAGACCACUAUAUGCUUUGUGUUACAGUAUGUCCAGAUAUGCUGAAGUUUUAUACAAUCUCUUCAAUUAAAAUAUACAAAUUAUUAGUUCA